CGGCCCCCCGCCCCAGCCCCGGAGGGAGCUCAUGGGAGUAUGAAGGAGAUGGUAGGAGGCUGCUGCGUAUGUUCGGACGAGAGGGGCUGGGCCGAGAACCCGCUGGUCUACUGCGAUGGGCACGCGUGCAGCGUGGCCGUCCACCAAGCUUGCUAUGGCAUCGUUCAGGUGCCAACGGGACCUUGGUUCUGCCGGAAAUGUGAAUCUCAGGAGCGAGCAGCCAGGGUGAGAUGUGAGCUGUGCCCACACAAAGAUGGGGCAUUGAAGAGGACUGACAAUGGAGGCUGGGCCCAUGUGGUGUGUGCCCUCUACAUCCCGGAGGUGCAGUUUGCCAACGUGCUCACCAUGGAGCCCAUUGUGCUGCAGUACGUGCCUCAUGAUCGCUUCAACAAGACCUGUUACAUCUGCGAGGAGCAGGGCCGGGAGAGCAAGGCAGCCUCGGGAGCCUGCAUGACCUGUAACCGCCAUGGCUGUCGACAGGCUUUCCAUGUCACCUGUGCCCAGAUGGCAGGUCUACUGUGUGAGGAAGAAGUGCUGGAAGUGGACAAUGUCAAGUACUGUGGCUACUGCAAAUACCACUUUAGCAAGAUGAAGACAUCCCGGCAUACCAGCGGGGCAGGUGGAGCAGGAGGAGGAACCGGCGGAGGUGGCGGCAGCGGCGGCAGCGGAGGUGGUGGCGGUGGCGGUGGCACCGGUGGCAGUGGUGGCAGCGGCACUGGUACAGCGGGGAGCGGCGGCAGCGGCAGCUUUCUCACUGGCCGAAGAAGCCGAUCAGCCUCACCGUCCACCCAGCAGGAGAAGCACCCUACCCGCCAUGAGAGGGGCCAGAAGAAGAGUCGAAAGGACAAGGAACGCCUUAAACAGAAGCACAAGAAGCGGCCUGAGUCCCCCUCCAGCAUCCUUACCCCGCCUGUGGUCCCCACCGCUGACAAGGUCUCCUCUUCGGCUUCUUCCUCCUCCCACCAUGAGCCCAGCACUCAGGAGACCUCCGACGGCAGCAGGGACUCCAAGGGGAAAAAGUCUUCCAGCCAUAGCCUGAGUCAUAAGGGGAAGAAACUGAGCAGUGGGAAAGGUGUGAGCAGUUUCACCUCUGCCUCUUCCUCCUCCUCCUCCUCCUCUGGGGGCCCCUUCCAGCCUGCAGCAGGCUCAUCCCUACAGAGCUCCCCCGACUUCUCCGCCUUCCCCAAACUGGAGCAGCCAGAGGAUGACAAGCACUCCAAGCCCACGGCCACCACGCCGCCAGCUCCGAUCUCCCCACCAGCCCCUGAGCCACCCAAGGCUGACCUCUUUGAACAGAAGGUGGUCUUCUCUGGCUUUGGGCCCAUCAUGCGCUUCUCUACCACCACCUCCAGCUCGAGCCGGACCCGGGCGCCCUCCCCUGGGGACUAUAAGUCUCCCCAUGUCUCAGUGUCUGGGACCUCAGCAGGCACCCACAAGCGGAUGCCUGCACUGAGUGCCACCUUUGCACCUGCUGAGGAGACUCCGGAAACGGGCAUGAAGGAGAAGAAGCACAAAGCCAGCAAGAGGAGUCGACAUGGGCCAGGCCGUCCCAAGGGCAGCCGCAACAAGGAGGGGGCUGGAGGCCCUGCUGCCCCCUCCUUGCCUGGGGCCCAUCUGGCUGGCUUUACUGCCACUGCAGCGUCACCCUUUUCUGGAGGGUCCUUGGUCAGCUCUGGCCUGGGAGGUCUGGCCUCCCGAACAUUUGGGCCUUCCGGAAGUUUGCCCAGCCUGAGUCUGGAGUCCCCUCUGUUGGGAGCAGGCAUCUACACCAGUAAUAAAGACCCCAUCUCCCAUGGCAGUGGGAUGUUGCGGGCUGUCUGCAGCACCCCACUCUCCUCCAGCCUGCUGGGGCCCCCAGGGACCUCAGCCCUGCCCCGCCUCAGUCGCUCCCCGUUCACCAGCACCCUCCCUUCCUCCUCAACUUCCAUCUCCACCACUCAGGUCUUUUCUCUGGCUGGCUCUACCUUCAGCCUCCCUUCUACCCACAUCUUUGGAACCCCCAUGGGUACUGUCAACCCCCUUCUCACCCAAGCCGAGAGCAGCCACACAGAGCCAGACUUGGAGGACUGUAGCUUUCGGUGUCCAGGAACCUCUCCCCAGGAGAGUCUAUCUUCCAUGUCCCCCAUCAGCAGCCUCCCUGCGCUCUUUGACCAGACAGCUUCUGCACCAUGCGCUGGCGUCCAGUUAGACCCUUCGGCUCCAGGAACGACUAAUAUGGAACAGCUGCUGGAGAAGCAGGGCGACGGGGAGGCUGGUGUCAACAUUGUGGAGAUGCUGAAGGCACUGCACGCCCUGCAGAAGGAGAACCAGAGGCUGCAAGAGCAAAUCCUGAGCCUGACAGCCAAGAAAGAGCGGCUGCAGAUUCUCAACGUGCAGCUGUCCGUACCCUUCCCCGCCCUGCCUGCCGCCCUGCCUGCUACUAAUGGCCCUGUCCCGGGGCCCUACAGCCUGCCUCCCCAAGCUGGCAGCAGUGACUCCCUGAGCACCAGCAAGAGCCCUCCAGGGAAGAACAGCCUCGGACUGGACAACUCCCUGUCCACAUCUUCCGAGGACCCGCACUCAGGCUGCCCGAGCCGCAGCAGCUCUUCGCUGUCCUUCCACAGCACGCCCCCACCGCUGCCCCUGCUCCAGCAGAGCCCUGCCGCUCUGCCCCUGGCCCUGCCUGGGGCCCCUGCCCCGCUCCCGCCCCAGCCGCAGAAUGGGUUGGGCCGGGCACCUGGGGCCGCAGGGCUGGGGGCCAUGCCCAUGGCUGAGGGGCUGUUAGGUGGGCUGGCGGGCAGCGGGGGCCUGCCCCUCAAUGGCCUCCUGGGGGGGUUGAAUGGGGCUGCGGCUCCCAGUCCUGCGGGCUUGAGCCAGGCUGGUGGGGCCCCCACGCUGCAGCUGCCAGCUUGUCUCAACAGCCUGACGGAGCAGCAGAGACACCUCCUUCAGCAGCAAGAACAGCAGCUCCAGCAGCUGCAGCAGCUCCUUGCCUCGCCACAGCUGACCCCGGAGCACCAGACUGUGGUCUACCAGAUGAUCCAGCAGAUCCAGCAGAAGCGGGAGCUGCAGCGGCUGCAGAUGGCUGGGAGCUCCCAGCUGCCCAUGGCCAGCCUGUUGGCAGGAAGCUCUACCCCACUGCUGUCUGCGGGCAACCCUGGCCUGCUGCCCACGGCGUCAGCCCCGCCCUUGCUGCCCGCUGGAGCCCUGGUGGCCCCCUCGCUCAGCAGCAACCCAAGUCUCAUGGCUGCGGCAGCAGCAGCAGCAGCGGUAGCAGCAGCGGGUGGGCCUCCAGUCCUCACUGCUCAGACCAACCCGUUCCUCAGCCUUCCAGGGGCAGAUGCCAGUGGGAAUGGCCCCAAAGGAGGGACCGCUGACAAAGGAGCCUCAGCCAGCCAGGAAAAAGGCUAACUCCAUCAUUCCCCUGCUGACCCCUACAUGGCUAAGGGGACUUGCCUGGAGCCGGCACCUGGGCCUAGACACUGGAGAGCCCGGCCCAGAGCCUGUGCUGAUCCCAAGGGAGUCUGUUGGGGAGCUCCCAGUGCCAGGGAGAGACUCAAGGGUAUUCCUUCCAUCCAGCCCUUCCUUCUCCACACCAUUGCUGGGUGGAUAGGCUCCAAGCCUUCCUAGGAGCCCCCACCCUCAGCAGAUGUCUUAGGGGCCUCCCAGUGAGCAGAGUGGGCCAUGGCAUAUGUGGGAAGUCGAUCAGACCUGCCACAUAAAAUGGAUCAGCACUUGAAUGGGGAAAAUGGGAACGGGCCCUGGGCCUGGCCCUGUGAGGAAAUCCUUUAUGGAAGAAGGGCUGGCCCCACUUGACCUUCAGUUUCUUCCCAUCCUGGGCAGAUGGCAGAAGGGAUCCCUUUUGACUGUUACUCACCGUCCCUUCCCCCAUGAAGGGUCACAAGCUGAGCUUGUAAAAGCCCACAGAUAUGGGUGGCUGAGGACGAGCAGGACAGUAACCCUUUGGGUCCCAUGAUGAGGCUCGUGGGGAGGCCCGUGCCAUCCUUGGUGCCCUGCCCCUUUUUGCACUAUUGGCUUGAGGAGUGCCGAGGGUGGGGAGAGGGAGCUGCCUGACUCCACAGAGCGUGAGUGUGUGUGUGUGUGUGUGUGUGUGUGUGCGCGCGC